AUGGAUACUUGCCCGCGGAUUCUUCUGCUGCUGCUGCACUCCGCUGCCGUCUUGUCCUUGUCCACACAUGUGGCGUUGGUCUACCCCCAGGAUCCCGUCCUCCGCGUGGGCUCCGAUCUGACAGCUAGCUGUUGGGUGCACCCGGACGCCGGGCUCCACGCCAGUUCACUGUACUGGACGCUCAAUGGCCAACGACUACCCAUUUCCAUGUACAGAACGCUGAGCUCCACCAACCUCAGUGUGACACUUAGCGGCCUGAAUGCAUCACGACAGACGUCCGGCGACAAUCUGGUGUGCCACAACCAUGAGGGACACAUACUGGCAGGCUCCUGCAUCUAUGUCGGAAUGCCCCCAGAGAAGCCUCUCAAUUUGACGUGCUGGUCGCGGAACACCAAAGACCUAACGUGCAGUUGGACGCCAGGAGGGAAAGGGGAAACCAGCAUUAGCACCCAGUACUUGCUCAAGUAUAAGCUCAGAUGGUACGGCAAGGAGAAGGAGUGCGAGGACUCCACCCACUCGCAGCCGUUCUCGUGCAGCAUCACUCGCGACCUGCACCUCUUCACCCCUUACGAGAUCUGGGUGGAGGCGUCCAACCAACUGGGCCGCGCCGCUUCCGACGUCAUCACGCUGGACAUUCUAGACGUUGUGACCACAGAUCCCCCUGCGGGGGUGACGUUGAGCCGCGUAGGGCAGUUGGAGGAUCAGCUGAGCGUUCGCUGGGAUGCCCCACCGGGACUCAAGGACUUCCUCUUCCAGGCCAAAUACCAGAUUCGCUACAGACUGGAGGACAGCCAAGACUGGAAGGUGAUGGAUGAUGUCGGCAACCAGACUUCUUGUAGGCUGGCGGGACUCAGACCUGGAACGGUUUAUUUCGUGCAGGUCCGUUGUAACCCGGUGGGUAUCUACGGUUCCCGCAAAGCUGGAAUCUGGAGUGAGUGGAGUCAUCCCACUGCGGCGUCCACACCACACAGUGAGCGAGCGGUGUCAGGCUCAUGCGACCCCAAGUCGAGCGGGGACUCCAAUUCGACGCUUCGCCGCGAGUUGAAGCAGUUCUUCGGCUGGGCACGCAAACACGCCUACGGCUGCAGCAGCAUGUCCAUAAAUCACUACGACCAGUGGCGGAUGCUCAUGCAGAAGUCGCACAAAGCACGCAACCAGGUUCUCCAAGGGGAUAAGUCGUAG